UUUUGGUAACUGUUGAGAUCAUCAACAUUUCCAUCACAAAAGAUAUUCCACUCGCCUUUCUGCAGCUAUGUCGUUUGAAGGGUUUGCAAGAGACGUCUUUGAAAGUUGGAGCGAUGUUGGUGUGGUUUACACAAGAAACAAAUACGGCCGAGUAGUUUCACCACCUGGCUUUUCGAUAGGCUGCAAAAACAAUAAUUCCUUCAAAAAUAAUGUCCCCAAAGGUACUGGCUUUUCAUUUUUUAUUUUUGUUAAUGGCAAUGAUUUUCUUUAUUUUUGUAUUCAAUAAUGUAUACUGUACUCGGCAUUUACCGUACGUUUGCGUUUACACAAGGUGAUAUCCUCGAGCAGUUAUUUGGCAAUAUUUCAUGAAAUCUUGGGUGGAACGUUGGAGAAAAAUAUUCGACUCUUUGACUUCCAAGAUUUCAUUAGUAAUUAUUCUCACUGUCUGAUAUGCAAUGCUUAAAAUGUUAGUUCGGAUAAUUUGCUAUUAAAUUAUGUAAUCAACUAAUUUUAUAGUUUUGUUUUUUCGCACACCUGUCUGCUUGAUAUUGUAUUGGUACAGUAAUGAGAAAUUCGGUCUUAGAAGUAAAAGGGUCAACAGAUAAUGUAUCUUUUCAUCGGUUUCAUCAUUGCCAUAGCUAUGUUGAUUCUUACAAAAGAAAAUAAAUUAUUGGUAGACAAAAUGGCGUGAUCUGAAAGCAAAUUUAAGAUUUUUCAAAUAAUUUCUCUCCUGAAGUUCACCCUUUCACUGAAAAGAUGUAGCUUUUGAUACUCCCCCCGCCAUGCUACAUAAUUUUGGCAAUGUCGGUUCCGAAGAGAAUGUGGUCUUCAAUCAAACAAGAACUUGUAGCUUAUAUUUUGUUAUAAUUCUCAUUACUCAUCUAUUUGACUACAUAAUGAAAUGUGAAGAGAAAUCAGUAUUUGGCAAGAGAGGGAAAAAUAUAAUCUGUUAUAUUAUAAGCUGAAUUGUACAUGCAUUUUUAUUGCCUCUUACUUAUGAGUUGUAGGAGGUCAAAUGCACAGAUGGUGAUAUCAUAUUAAAAAUUUUGCUCUACUAUCAUAUGAAACAAAUAGAUUUUAUUUUACAUGGGUUUGUGCUAUCACUAUAAUAGAUCACAGAAGACAUCAAAUGUGGUUAAAAUAUCAGUGACACACUUGGUUACGCAUCUUGUGCCAUUUUUUUGUCCUUAUCACAUGUUGAUGUCAUCUGUGAUCUAUUACAGAACAGAUGGAUAGCAACAUGGAUUCAUUAAUUUUCUUAAACUGAAACAGAAGAAACUGUGAUAAUUUCUCAGUAUCUACAAAAAAGUAGAUAAUAAAUGGAUUUAAUACUCUUUGCUGUUAAUUGUGCUUCUAUAUUCUCCAUGGUGGUGUAUUCACCAUCACAUUGCCUACAGGAAAAUUACCUGUAUAAGACAAGUUUGUUUGAACAAUUUUAAUUCCUUCUUUUUUUCAUUUUUUGUCAUUCACAGGAGCAAAUUGUUCAUUUAUCAUUGAUAACAGCAUCCAAAAUCCUCAAUCCUUGUUUCUUAUUUGCUUGGAUUUUGUUGCCAAAAACAUAUGUAUGGUGGAAUCAUUAGAAGGGUUUCCAGACAUUGUUGGGGAACAACUUUUCCAAAAAGUCCAAGAGAAUGAUGGAUUUGGAUCAGAUCCCAGGAAUAUGAAGAUAUUUUGUGAAGCGUAUGGUGAAUUGGUGUUAUCAAAGCUUUCACUUAGUUCAGCACAUGUCUUUACAAGUAACUAUUUGGAAUAUCUUCAACUGUUUGUAUGCCUGACGGAGCUGGAUGUCAGUCAUUGUCGUCUUGGAGAUACACAUGAGCUGUUAUCACAUGUUGCUCAUUUACACAAGUAAGUAUAUUGUAUUGCAGUACCAAAUUCUCUUUAUUAAUUUGCAACUACAGCUGUUAUAAUUUCUCAGCCUGAAAGGAGAAUUACUAACUAGAUCUUGGAAUAGCAUGCAUAUCAGCAUAAUGGCAAGCCAGUGGUCAGCAGUUUCUUGGUAUAGGCUACAGCUGCCAUCUUUGAUUUUAACAGUAGCAGAAGGCUGGGUGAAACGUGAAAUUUGUAGCAAGGGGUGAACAAUAGUCAGAAGGAAGGAGAGUGGAGAGUUUAGGAAAAUUGGGGGUGCUUUGCUUUAUAACAAUCUUCUCAGGCAGGCAUCUUCUCGCCUUAUCCUUUAAAGUCCUGUCUGCACAAUUUGUGAGAGGACUUUGAGGUAGUUUGGAAAAAAAAAUUGUCAUUACAAAAGUCUCAACAAUGUGAAAGUGGAUGUUUUUCUAUAUCAUAAAUUUUGUACUGUUUUCAGCUGAAUAUAACCACUUCCCUCCAGUUUCUUCAAAUGGUGUUUUGGAUAAUUUGUGUGUAAGUUUUCUUAGAGUGUAAAUUUUAAUUAAAUUUCUAAAAAUCUCCAUGUGUUAUGACACAAAAGUUAUACAUGCAAUCAUGAUAGAUUUAUACUUUUACUGGUAAUUAUUGAUUAUGAUUUUUUUCACCCAGCUUGAAAAGCCUUAGUCUCAAAGAUAACUGUCUCUCUGAUGCUGGUGUGAGACACUUUACCUUACCUUGGCGCUUUUUCAAAAGUGGACUUGGAAAGCUUUCAGUGUUGGAUUUAUCCUUGAAUCCAAAUAUAACAGAUGAAAGUGUGAAGCACAUAGCCAAGUUGCAUUCCUUGAGUGCUUUAAAUCUGUCAGGCACAAGAAUAUCAUUUGGUCAUGGAGUUCUGCAGCUUAUGAAAGACACAACCCUGUGUCUAGCACUAGAUGUAAGUGGUCAUACAGUUUAUGUGGUAGUGAAGUUUUAAGAGCAAUUUUGAAUUGAAUGUUGAUACUAGUCUAGAAUUGCUGUGGUGAUCAUUUACUUUGCUAUGUGAUUGGUUCAGAAAACUUGCAUCACUAGUUUCAAAAUUAAAACCAAUUGCAACUUUGUCACUCACACUUUCCAACUUUUUAAGCAGUUUUUCUGUUUUCUACUUUGUUUUGUUUUUGGCUCCUGUUAUAAUAUUCCUUUCUUCUGAUUGGCUGUUUUGAAUUCUUUGGUUUUGUUUUUAGUAAUGAUAAUAAUAAUAAUUUAUUGACUUGUAUUGUGCAAUUAUCAAUAUGAAUUUUUCAAUUAUGCAUUACAAUGUUAAAAAUUCAACUAUGUCUAGAUAUUAAAGCUUAAAAUUAAAAUGUUGACUAAGAAGAUGUAGAAACAUGUAGGACACACAAUUGAAAUGUAUUGUGCUGCGAUACUCUUCCCAGUUUCUGUAGCAUGUAUCAUGGCACCUAGCAACAACCUUGAUACUGGACUCGAUGUUGAGAGGUGUAAUUUUGAAAUCUAGCAAGAUCAUUUUGAUAUAUUUUUGGGCAAGACACUGAAACCUCAUAGUGCCUGUCUCUGAGUGGGGGUAUAAAUGGUUGGCCAAAAAUUGUAAAUGAGGGAAGCCUGGCAAAAUGCAGGUGGGGUGUUAUUGUAACCUGCAAACAAACAAAUUUCUAAUCAAGCUGGGAUGAUAAUACUCCUAAUCCCCUCAUGCUACAAAGACCAGGAUAAACUCUGGCCAGAUGGGCGACCUGGUUUGAUUGUUGAAGUUACCUUUACCUUUUACCUUCACUGCAGUAACUUAACUUUCCUUGACAGCUGUGAGAGUGAGGUGUCUUCCCCAAAAGCAAAACACAAUGACCAUGGGACCAUUUCUCGAAGGACCCAACUAAACAGGCCUGUAAAGGUGUUCUGUUUUCAUUCAAGAUGAGGGUUUCAAAUUUUUCAAAAUUAUUCAAUAAACUCUCAGUUAAAGAAACAAAAAGGAGCUGUUAGGGUGCCAGAACUUGCUUUUUCAUUCCUUUAUUAAUGGUUUUAAAAUAUGGAUUUGGGCCUGUUAAGUUAUUGGGACUUUUGAGGAAGGCUGGCUGAAACCUUUACUUCCCCAUCCUGAGUCCACCACCCCAGCCACAUGACCACUGUCAUAUGGAUCAGAUGAUUCUGAUAAACUCUCUCAAAAAAAAUUCCCAGAGCAUCAUUGUUUUUAUUAUUAUUGAGGCAUAUUGUUCUGUCUCCUGUCAACAACAGCUUGAAGAGUUCAAGCAGGAGAAAGCCUUUACAGUUACUAAAGGAUGGGCUGUUGAGGUGAUAAGUGAUUGGAAAGAAAAAUCUAAAGUCUGCCCUGCAGAUGUAACAAUAGAUACACAGCUUAAUAGGAAAACCACCAAGUUCUACAAAUCCUCACAUCAUCACUUGGUCUGUAGGUCUACACCCAAGAACAAGUCCACAAGUGAACUCCCAAAAAUUAUGCUGUGUGCAAAAGAAAACAGGAUGCCUUGUUGUAGACCUUCACCAAUUCAGAAAAUGGCAACAAUACCUGGACAAGAUGGCAAGAACAAUUCUGCUAGAAAUGGGCAACCCAAAAAGAGGUUAAAAACAAGAGGAACAGCUUUUACAUCAUCUGUUACGACUGAAGAAUGUUUAGAAGAUGGUGUCCUUAACAAUUAUUUGAAAUGUGAAAAACAGUGGAAGCCUGUAAAGAGGAAGUGUUCUCUUCUAGAAUCGUUAGAUCUUGUGUCAUAG